GAAAUGUCUGAGGAAGGAAAAGUGGGAGAAAACACUGUAGUCUGGAGCACAUGGAGGUCCAGGGACAAGUUAUUUCUCGGUCUCUGUUCUUACUCAGUGUCCUUUUAUAACUCUUUCAGUACUACUUCUGUUUUCUUCUAAAAUCCUGAGCAAUCUUGCUUGGUUUGUGUUUUCUUAUCAACCUUGCUAUUGUCAGCAGUUUCUCUUGGUCAAGACUUCAUUCUCAUUCCUUCCUGAGAUCACUUCUCUCUCUCUCUCUGCCUGUGCUGUUGUUGCAAUGACACUAUUUAAAGCACCAUGUGGUUUUCAGGGAUGAUAUGUGCCACCUUUAGAGAAGUGCUGUUGUUCUAAGUUGAUCAGUGGAGGUGAGCUAUUUGAUUAAUGGGUAGGAUGAAUUUCUUUCUGUUUAGGAAAAAAAAAAUCAGAUAGAGAAGAGAGGUAAUAUGGCUGAGUAGGAUGUAAUUUGCUAAUGUUGCUUUGCAGUAUGGUCUGAGACUCUUCAUCUGACCAACUCUGUUUGCUGCUUACAAAAUAGCAUGUCAAUGAUAAAUGUUGCAGGAUCUUUCUUAUGCUUCUUCAGUCCUGUAGAACUGUCUAGACAUUUCCUGUGCGUUGGCUUAAAGUUCAGCCCACUGGGUUUGGAAUGCGACAGUGGCUGAAGUGAAAUUGUCACAUAGUGGAAAGCUUUAAAAACAACAAUUAGCUCAGCUGACUUUUCUGUUCUUUCUUUCUUCCCUUCAGCAGAGAAGUAAAAAUGUCAAUGUUCAGUAUACACUGAUAACCAAAAUGGUGUUUCAAGAGUGAGUAUUAGAGGUAUAUACUCAGGAGUACUUUGAACCUUACUAAAUUUAGGAUUAAGGUUAUGGAGUUCAAAGUCGUAAGUAGCCUUAGAAUUUGAAGACGCUCUUUACAGUAAAAACCUGCUUAUUUUCUGUAGGAUGGCUGCUGUGGUACAGAAAUGCGAUGUCUUGCAGAAUAUAGACCUUGUAUUGAUCUGAUUUUCUUUUGGUAGAUGUUACCUUUAUUGCAGCAGAGCUUUCUUAAUUUGGCAGUAAAAAAGAAAUGAAAUACACUACUAGAGUUUUAUGAAGUUUUUAUAACAAAACUGACAGCUAAUUAUGUGGUUGUAACCUGUUCUUUGAUUCAAGAAAACAUAUCUGAAGUAGCAAAAUUCAUCUUCUCCUUAAUUUGUUUAUUCUUAAGGGGACUGCAUCAGAACUAAACAUGUAUACAAUGGAUUCCAACUGUCCAAUUAAUUAAUCUUCAGAAGGCUUUGUAUUUUUCAGCAGAAGCAGAGAGGCCAGAACAAAGAAGUUUUGUUUAAACAUAGUAAAGGGGAGAGCGAUAUCCAUUCAAACUACUUCUUGUGUGAAAUGUCAGUGGAAAACUUGAAUGCUGUGCUGUGUAAUUACAAAGCCAGCUGUGUUUGUGCACUACUACUUGCUCAUAGUGCUUAAGAACCAGCAUGGGUGGUAGGGGAAGACCUUACAGGUGUAUCUGUGCUGGAGAGUAUGGUGUAUUGAAGGCUACCGUGAUACAGACCAAGACAACAGAAGCAGUUCAGCAACUUCGUUAGAGAACAGUGCAAUCACUCUUACCCCACCAUGAUAAAGAUUCAUGUCCUCAACCAGCCUUGACAGACUGCCUCUAGUAACUUAUGCUGUUAUAAAAGUAUUUUUUUUUCCCUUUUACGCGUGGUGGGUAGCUUUGAUCAAAUGUACUUUUCAUUUAUGCUUUUGUGCUUACUGACUUUAUUUAGGUUCUUGGUGCAAACUGGAGAGACUACGUAUGUGCAGUUAGCUGAAACGGGCAUUCGUUCAUCUGUUGAGCAACAAAGACCUGACUCUUUUUUAACGGAUCAAAAACAAAUAUAGCCUAGUUUGACUGUCUUUUUUUUUUUUUUUGAAGAGGUUAGUAAUCUGUGGAUUAGAAAUAUAAGGAAAAUAAAAAACAUUCUUCCUCCUCUGCCACUCCCCUUGCUUUCUGCUUUUCUAGCUCCUGAUAAUCUGCACUUCAGUGACUUCUAGAGCUAGAACUUCAGUCCUUCUCACGUAUUUAACUGUAUUUCUUUUUUCUCUGGUUGUAGAGGGGUAGGCUGAAUGGUGGCAAGAGGAGACAGAGGGCAAGAUCCAGAUCCAUGUCCCUUAUUGAAGAUGUGAAUGUACCAUAUGUUUAAACAUACCAUGCAUUUGAACAGUAACAUAGCAAUGUGUUUUUCUUCUUCCAUUUCAGUACUCCUGAGCGUUGCAUUACUACUGAAAAAGUCUAAUAAGACAGAACUUAGUUUUAUCAGGCUGUAUACUGUGACCAUUUCUGAGUGUUAUGAGCAAACUUAUGUAAACGGGGUACUUGUCUCUUUCUGAUAUUGUUUUCAUUCUGAAAAUGAAAUUUUUAUCCUUUCUUUUGUCUUUUCCCUUCUAUCCUAUUUUUAUCCUUUCUUUUGUCUCUUUGAACCAAUUUUUAAUCCUCAAGAGUCUAUUACCUUUUAUCUUCAACAGUACAGUAUAUUUUAAUGUUUGUAUAAGCUCGCUGGAAACUUUGUAGUGACUCUGUAGCCCUUAUUAGGGAAGCACUGUAGCAAGAGCUAGGGAAAGUGUAGCUUAGGGAUAAGUAAAUUAUUUGUCACUUUCUAACAACAGAGUAAGUCUGUUUGAUAUUUCGUGUGUCAUCAACAAAAUUAUUUUGGCCCUUUCUGGGCGAAUAUGAUCAUAGAAUCAUAAAAUAGGUUGGGUUGGAAGGGACCUUAGAGAUAGCAUUGUUCCAACUCCCCUGCCAUGGGCAAGGACAUCUGCCACUAGAUCAGGUUGCCUAAAGACCCAUCCAACCCAGCCUUGAACACUUUCAGGUUUGCAGCAUCCACAACUUCUCUGGGCUACUCAUCACAAAGAAUUUCUUCCUAACAGCUAAUCUCAACCUACCCUCUCUUAGCUUUAAAACCGUGACCUUAUGUCCUACCACUGCACUCCAAUAAAGAGUCUUUCCUAGUCUUUCCUGUAGGCCCCCUUUAAAUACUGGAAGGCCACUGUUAGGUCACAGCCUGUCUUUGCAGGGGAGGUGUUCCAGCCUUCCGAUCAUCUUUGUGGCCCCUCUCUGAGCCUGCUCAAACAAGUAGUUUGUCUCUCUUAUGCUGGGGACCCCGGAGCUGGGUGCAGUAUCUAGGUGAAGUGGAUGAUGUACUGGAUUGUUUUUGCCUUUUUCACCACUGCAGAAACACUUACAGACAUUGUUCUUUCUUGGUUUCCCUUUUAUUUCGAGUUGAAAAUCGCAUUUGUGAUUUGGCUGCUCUCUCCUUACACCAAGGGCUCCAGUGUCCUCUACAGGAAGUUUGUGCACCCAACGCUCUCCAAUAAGGAGAAGGAAAUUGAUGAAUACAUUACUCAGGCUCGUGACAAAAGCUAUGAAACCAUGAUGCGAGUUGGCAAGAGAGGAUUAAACCUGGCUGCCAAUGCAGCAGUUACUGCAGCUGCAAAGGGCCAAGGAGUUUUGUCUGAGAAGCUACGAAGUUUCAGCAUGCAGGACCUCACUCUGAUCCGGGACGAAGAUGCCGUGCAUUUGCAAAGCCAUGAGUCACAGCUUCAUCCCUCUGGAGGAAGUAUCCUUGAAACUAUUGAAGAUUCAGCCUCCUGUUACUCCUCAGGAGAGGAGAGCAGUGUGGCACAGAGACCUAAUGGAACCCCAUCAGAGAUUAGAACAGACCCAUCAGAUGAAGAUGCAGGAGACAAACUGCCAAAACGUACACAGAGCCUCAAAGCUCCAAAGAAGAUGACAAAAUCUGAGCUUCCUGUAAAAAGUGUGAAAGCCCGCCCUAAGAAGAAAGCUGCAGGUUCUCUUGCUUCUGGAGAGUCAUCCUAAGGAGACUUCCCCUUCACAACACUUGUCUCUGUCCCAGGAUUUGCCUGUAACUUUUGAGUGGAAACUCUCCUAAGGAAGGGAGCUGAGAUUAAUGUACAUAACAGAUGCUGCUUUGUAGAGCUCAUUCUAAGGUCAAGGGGGGAAUCUGGGAUUCAGAACAUGGAAUGGAGGAUGCGCAUCCUCAGGAAUUUUCUCCUUUUCAUCCCCCUCUUGGAGGAAGCGCUAAUGUGUCUGUACAUAACCUGUUGCUUUGAAAUUCCCUCUGUAUAAACCUAGCUGGGGAGAAUCUUUGUGGGGAGGACUGACCAGGGUUAGAGAUACCUGUUGCACAGAUGCUGGAAAAAUAAUUAGACAGUGGAGUUCCUCAGGGUUGGGUGGCUCCCCACAUUGUCUUAUUUUGCUCUGGGUAUCCUUUUGCAGCUGUGUUGUUAAGAAGUGCCCACAACAAUUCAUCCUUCUUAAGAAUGGACCACAACUGUCAUGUCCAUCCCCUUCCAGAAGGUGACUUAAAUGAUAUAUGCUGAGUGCUUUUGAAUGUAAAGGACUCACUCAUGGGAGGAGUAAACCAGAUUCUAGAUCUUAGUACUGGAAGAUGAAGAGCUUCGUUUUUUAUUUUUCUAAAAGGUUAAGUGAGGAAAUUGGUAAGCUUAGUUAUGAUGAAAAUGUGCUGCAUACAUGAAGGAGCAGAUACAGAUAUCCACAGGAGGUAACUUGAGAGGAAAGUUGUUCAUCUAUAAGAUUUCGGCAAUUUCUUUCUUUUUUUUUUUUUUAAGCUACUUGCAUUAUAUUUCUGUUGUUCGCUUUGAUUCCUGUAAAAUCAUCAGAGUGAGAGGAGUUCCAUGUAGUGGGAAAAGCAGUCAGGGAUAAUAUUGCUUUGCCAUUUAUUGAACUCCGUGUCAUGAUGAUGCUUUCCUACAGACUAAUUCUUCUGUUCUAGCUGAUUUCUGGGGAAAAUCUGACUCACUGUAGUCUGCAGACAUACAAGAGAAUUCCAGAAGCCCUUGUCUCCCAGCUUUAGGAGAUCUAUUCUCAGAGUACAAGAGCUGACAAAUAGCUGAUGUACAUACUUGUCUAAUUGCAGAAUUCAAUUUAUGGAGGAUAAAGGAGGGGGGACUAGGGCACACUAUUCUGCUUUAUCAGUCCUCUUGCUUUAUCCUAUUCCAGCCCCUGAACAAAUUUUCUUUUUUGACCAUUAGCCAUAUUUAUCAGUGUCCUGAGACCUGAGCAAUGUGCAAUGCUUAUAGCAGAAUUACGUUGUAUGUAGAAUGUAUGCUGUGGGAGUGAAACUGCAGAGAAAAGAUGAAUAGAGAUUAGUAGUGCUCCUGUUGUUGAGAUCUGUAAUGGGGGAGCACCAUCACAGAGAUCUCAUGAUGCAGACUUCAAUGUUUGCUCAUGUCUCUUGCUGUGUAUUUCUUCAAUUACAGUAGAUUCGUCACAGAGCCCAGUAUUUUGUUAUUGGCAAUGUAUAGAAGGGUACUAUAAGUAAGAUUCCACAAAUAUUUCUGUCUUAUAGAGUAGCCCUUCAGAAGUUUGUAAUGUUGAAGAUGGAGACUAAAGUUUUUAUUUCGUAUUGUCUUGGUGGCAAAUUGUUAUGAGUUACCUAAUGUUUGGGGAAAACAAGUUGUUUUUACUUUUCUUUGUUGCUUCUAAAAUUUUAAACCUUGACUGACCACGUUAAAAACUUGUAUGUUGUUGUCCUAAAGUAUGCACAAGUUCUUACCCAGAAUCCAGUAGAAAAUCUUAGAAUUGACUUUGGGAUUUGAGUUUGGGAGGCAGGGGAUGGGGAGGGAAGUAGAAGGUGUUCAUUUUUUUUCCUUCUGUUAGGAAACAUUGUAUACAUGCCUCACUAGUACAUGGAGUAGCAUGUACCACAGCCAGAAUUCUUUCUGUUCCUAGUGGAAAUACUUCUCCUUACUGAAUAUGUGGAAGAUUAAGUUGUGAGGAAUUGUUCAGUACAAGACAGUCUAGGAAACAAGACAAACCAUUAUUCUCUAUACUCAAAAUACCUCUAUAACCAUAUUUCUGUAGUCUUCUUUUCCAAAUUAAAAAUCUCCUUGGCAAAUUAUUAAUGUGAGGGAGUUGGUUUGGAGGCCAAGAAUUAGUCUGUCUGUCCUUAUGCUAAUCUUUCUGCCUUCUUGUGCAUAUGCUUUGGUAGUCUCUGAUUACUUGGUUUUCAUGCGGUGACUUUCCAGGAUGCUUUCUAGAUUCAGUUCAUCUGCAGUAACUUCUGCUUUUAAUCAUAAGAAGAAUUUCUGAAGACUUAUUUUUUUAAUUUGGAUUUGCUUUUGUCCUCCUGAGCUAGAUGUUUUACCAAGUAUCUCUUACUUAACACUGAUGCUUGAUAUCAUAGUCUUUGGGUAAGUAUGGGUCGAUUGCCCUGACUUCUUGUAUAGCGAGAUUAAACGAUUUCAUUUUUUUUAACUGAGAAUCUGGAGUAGUUACAGGCUAUGUGGAGUGUGUGAUAUACAAAGCUGAUGAUGUUAGGCAGCAGAACUUAACCCAGAGCAAGAGAAUGUCUUAGUAUGGACGCUGUUUUCUUCUUCCAGCACAAAUGUGACUGCUAGAUUUCGCUCUGCUUGAUCAAAGCCUCUGCAGAUCUGCUACCACCCUUAGUGAGUCCCUAGAUAUAGUUCUGCAUUGGAUGACCUGGUCUCGCAUAGAAAUUCUCUUGUUAAUGAGAAUGCUGAAUGUGCUGUUUUGGUAAAAUGCUUUUAUCAGCUGUUGUUCAGUGUUUUCAGCAGGAAAUGCUGGAAUGUAGUUUCUAUUCUGUAUCUUCUGUGAGCUUGAUUGUGCAAUUAAGCAAAUGGUUAUAUCUGUAUCUAGCAGUAGAACCCACUGUGUUCAGUAAGUGUUUAUACCUCUUUCCUCGUUUGUCUGGACACAGAAAGAAAGAAACACAGAAAGAGAUAGAAUUCUUUCAGGGAACCCUGAAUUUCCAGAAAUUGAUACUUUUGAAUCUUAUUUCUCCAUUGCCAUCUUAAUCAGCAGGAAAUGUGUGCCUUAGCAGGAAACUGGGAUGAUUAUGGAACAUGCUGCUAGUUCUCUGGCUGCACAGAGCAUUGUAUCGAGGCGGCUUGUGUGUUAACUCUGUAGUGUCAGUGAACCUGAGAGCAGCUGCUGAACUGAACUGGGUUUUCCUUUCUGUCUUCCAAACUUGCAUGCAUUUCUAGAAAGUAUGGGUUAUUGCCUGAAAGAGAAAUCUGGAAAAAAGGAAAAAAAUUCUUCUUUCUGAUGGAGAUGUUGCAUUGACAUAUUACUCUGCUGUUCACUGGGGAGAUGCUGAAUGACAUUCCUCUAUGUAAUUGUGCAAUAUUAGAGAUUUUCUUAGAUUCCUACUGGGAAUUUGUAACCUGCCACCAGGCUGACCCAUCUUGUGCUGCUCUCUGAGUUGCCCUGCAAACACACAUGGAAAACCUGGAAAAUAUUCUUGAGGCUGUGUGAGCUCAGAGAAUAGUUGAGUUUAGAAGGGGACCUCUGAAGGUCAUCUGGUCUAACUGGCCUGCUCGAGCAGGGCUACCUAGAGCUGGUUGCCCAAGAGUUCCCGUGAUAUACGUGGUCUAGAGCCUGUUGAAUUUAAUGUUUUGGUGUAUACAUAAAUGCAUAUGCAGUAUGGGGAUGUACUUUAGUGUUGCCAAGGAGAAAGAACUGGAGAAGGGUCACCUUUCAUCUGGAAUUUGUCACUAUUACAAGAUGCUGUAAACAACUCAGUUUUAUGUUGUUUCUAGGGUAUUGACAUGAAGCCUAACAGCUUCAAAUGAGAAGAGAUCUUAAGAAGUGUGCCGAGUACCUUGUGAGAACAAUUAGUUUGGAUGGUAAAUGAAGGCAGUAAGCUUCCACGGCAGCUAAGAACCUGUCUUGUGAGACACGGUAGGGAGGAAAAUGGGCUAUGUGCAGUGCAGAUUUGUCCAGGAAAUACUGAUGAUUUUUUUCUGAGCCUCUGACCUUACUUCAGCUCUGCACCUUACAGAUUAGAAUCUGAUUUCUCUCUUUCAGAAACCAUCCACCUUUCUAAGCUGGGCUUGACCUAUGUGCAUUUAGAUUCUCAAACGUUUCAUCACUUCAGAACCAUAAAGUUUGAAUUUUUCCUCAGUGGUCAGUUGAUCUGUGGAAAGUACCUGAUACAUAUCAAGUACCUCACAGCACUUUGUAAUAGACAUCUUAUACUGGGGAAACACCAGUGGGGAGCUCCAGAGGAUGGGUUCAUCUGGGAAAUUGAAUGCAUAAACAAAGCCUGUGUUUUGCACCUACUAAAUGCUGGAUUUUGCUGCAGUCAUGUACCAGCUACCUGUAGAAUCUCAAAAAUUCCAUGUCCUAAUUGUCAGUGUUCUGUUUGUAAAGAAAAACUGGAAUCACAAUAACAAUAACGUAGUGAAAAGGAACAGCGAUUAGCAUGCUUUUAGAUGUACUUUUUUUUCCCUGGUAAUUAGGUUUAAGCUGCUGCUUUUCCUAAAAUUUUUCUAUAAACACAUUACAAGCAAGACAUUAUUUUCUUGCUCUGAUUCUCAGCUCUAACACCCUAGAAGUAACAUUUGUGAGAAGAUGCAAAAGUGAAUGUACUCUCAGUGACCCAUAGGCAGAGUCUUCUGUAAUGGGCAACUUUCUGAGACUGUAUCUAAAAUGUUUGCUACUACAGCUGAAAUGCAGUGCUAUACUUAUCAAGGAUAAGAAAUUUAGUCAUAGCCUUUUCAGCAGGUCAGGAAGGAGGGCUUUGCUAAAUGGCAAACAUAAACGUAGGCAAUACUGCCAGAGUGCAUUUCAUAGCAGUACUGUAGGAAUUACAGCUUGAGUCUGCAUAAGUUAGUAUCAAUACAUAGUAGUCGACCUGCAGCAAAAUUCAACCUGCUGAUUUGCCUUGUUUCUUGACAUGUAAGAUUAACCUAGCUCAUCCGUGCAAAUGAGCCAUGUAUAGGUGUCUAUACUAUGCGGAUUCAAGCAAUGGGCAAUUACAACAUGUUUAAAGAAACUUUCUUUUUUGCUUUUUUCCUCUCCAUCUAUUCAGACAAAUGAAAAAAAAAAUAGAAACUUCCUAUAGUUUUCAUUGCUUUGGUAACAGUAGGAGAAAAUAAGUUUUCUGCUUAUUAUCCAGAGUUUUGACAAAAUGUUGUUCCGCCACACAGGAGAUGGGUCUAAAGCAUGCUUACACUGUCAAGGCUGGGAGAUAUUUCUCUUGAAGCUCUGUUGGAAAUGCCUCAUUGGCACACAGAUUGUGUGUGUGUUUAAAAUGCAUUGAAAAAUAUUCUGAAACUGAGAGUAAGAAGCACUUUUACUCGUGUAGUUUAUCUUGUUUGCUUAUAACUUGCAUGAGGUAAUGAAGAUUUUUGACUCGCCAUGUAGCAGAAUUAUGGUAUGUCUAUUCAUGGCACUGGACAUCAGAAAUGCAUAAAUGAGCACUGAAGCAUUUCUACCAUCCAACUGGCACAUUUCACGAGAGGUAAGUUAGACUAAAGCAUGAACAUCUUAGUUCUAUUUUAUAGUUUUCUAGAGAGAAAACUGUGUCAGGGACUGUAAGAACAAAAUGAUUACUGCCUAACAAAUUACUAGCUUUCGUGUGCGAGUGAAAGCUAGUACAGUAGCCUCUGUAAGAUAAAUUCCUUCAAAUAGAUGGUGUUUAAGGUAUUCAACAAUAUUUUACCAUCUUAAUUCAGUAUUUUACUGAAUAUCACCUUUUUGCACAGCUUAUCACUUCUGCGUGUGCACUUGACUCCCUGUCUUAAGGGAUCUGAGGGUUCUGGUUGAUCGCAAGUUGAACAUGAGUCAGCAGUGUGCCCUGGCAGCCAAAAUAUCCAGCUGAACCCUGGGCCGUAAUACAAGGGUCUAGAGGGCAAGAUGUAUAAGGAGUAGACAAGUUAAUUUUGUUCGCUCGACCCAGACCAGAGGAGGCUGGGGGGAGGCCUCAUGGUGGCCUGCAUCUCCUCAUACGGAGUGGAGGGGCAGUGCCGAGAUCUGAUCUCUGGUGACAGGGACAGGACCUGAGGGAACAGCAUGGAGCUUCAUCAGGGGAGAGUCGGGCUGGAUGUUUGGGAAGAGUUGUGUGCCAGAGGGUGGUGGGCAUGGAACAGGCUCCCCAGGGCAGUAGUCAUGGCCCCAAGCAGCUGGAGAUCAAGAAGUAUUGGGGCAACGCUCAAGACGCAGGGUUUGAUUUUUUGGGGGUGGUCCUGUGGGGAGCCAGGUGUUAUACUCGAUGGUCCUUGGGGGUCCCACCCAAGUCAUGAUAUACUAUAAUUCUAACUAUGAAUAUCGAACAAUUUCCAAUGGAGUGCAAGUGGUUUUGACUGUAAAUUUUCAGAAAUUAAUUCCCAGUGCAAGCAGAGAAAAAAAGUCAAAGGCAGACAAAAUUGUAUGGAAUAUCAGAGGAACCUUGCCAAAAAGGGAUCGGAGAGGAUUCAUUUGAGAGAAUGUUUUUCAUUAUUUACUCUUACUAGUUGAUUCCACCUGAUUCUUAGAGCAUUCAGGAGCAGAGCAUAGACAAUGCUGCACGAAGUGUUCUAAGGCAAACUUCUGCUCAGAAUGCAGGUCAGCAUCCAGAAUGCUCUCCUGUCAAACCUUAAUUGCAAUCUGGAGUUACUACUGGUAGUAACUACUUCUCAGUGGAGAUGUAAAGUAUAGAAAGAGAAAACUCUGUUGGAAAAUUACAAAGUCAGGAAAGUGGUUGUGUGAAGAUACAACUGAGAACUGCAGCAGGUUACCUUGAAGAAUGAUGACAAAAAUAUGCAAUGAGGAUUUAAAAUAGAGAAACGAGUUGGUUUACAAUCAAUGAAAUGUUAAGGAGUAGCAGAAUUCAGUUAAUAAAUGGAGAAAAUGGCAGUUGUGCAUGUAUUUUUGUUGUUGGAUAACCUGUGCCAUCACUUGCUUCACAUAGUUCCAGAUUUUACAGGUUAGGUAAUGUUUUUACACAGAAACUAAGCUUUUAUGUUAGGUAGUGCUUAGUGACUUACCAACAAGAAAGCAAUCUGAAUUUCUUUUGAUGACUUUCUUAAAAUUAAAUAACACGGAUCCUCAAACCUAAUUUUGUGUUCAUGGUGCUGCCUCUUAGGGAAAUCAGUGAGUUGAUGGACUCCUCACUUCUGACUUUCCUGUUGAUAUUAUUUCUCAAAUGUUGUGAAUGUCAUAGGUAGAUGGAACUUUUAUUUUUACAUUUGACCCAGAAUUCACGUCUAAACUCAGGUAUGCUGAGCUAUGUAUGAGCUAGUGAUGUCUGAAUGAGAGUCCAGAGAAAAAAUGGAAAAGCUGAGAUGGGUCUAGCCAGGCAAAGGUCACUGAAAGGCCUUCCUCGAAGUGCACAAAUUAAAGACUACAUAGUAAUGCUUGUUGCUGAUAUAACGUUUUCGUGAUAAAGUUUCCGGUUAGCGUAGUGCUGAUCUAAAAGCAUUUAGUUCACAGGGGUUGUGAAUUCAUGUUUGUCCACCAGAGGGCAUGAUGCAACAUAAAAUCACUGAAAAUGAGAGCAAAGACCUGCCUGAAAAUAGCUUGAGUGUGACUGGUUAAGCGUUUUGAGAGUGAACUUCCUGCUUAGAAAAAGAGGGCAUAAAUCAAUAAAAUCGACAUUAACAAAAAAAGAAAAAGAAAAAAGGAGGGGCUUUAGAGGAGAAAUCUGAAGCAAUGCUGCAGCUAUCUCCUGUCUAAAAAGGCUGUUUAAGCUUGCUGGGCUUUUUAAUUCGAGUAUUUUCUAGUGAGGCUUAUGGAUACAACAGUAUUAGACAAUAACUGUCCUCAGAUCUUUUAAUUCUCCAUUCAUACCAUUUUAUAGCUCAUGAAGCAGGUCUGUAAAUGGUAGUGUUUGCAACUCCUUUUGUUUCUUCUGCAAUUAAACAAUUUCUUUGUGUAUGUGUGCCUCAGCAGUGUCACUCUAAAUUAUACUUCGAAUUUUGUAGUAUUUCCUGGUAAGAAUCAGUAGUUUCUAUCAAUUGAAUCUAUACUUUGUGAAAGUAGAAAUAAGUUUAAUCUAAAAAUACAGAUGAGUCUAAUGGUUUCUAUGGUAACUUGUGACCAUGGCAACAGAGAGGUAGCACUCUGAAGAACUGAUAGAGGUUAAGGAUUUUUGUAUGUGUGUUUCAUUUUAAGUCAACAAGCUAAUUAACAGCACAAGUAAUUCAGGAAAUAUGACUUUAUUUCUUAACCAUGUAGGAUUGCAUUAAUAUAAGGGAUUUCCAUCUCAAAAUAUAUAGGAAUUUUAAUAGGCACAUGGUAAAACUACAUGUAAUCUUUGUGAUUUUGAGAAUGAAAAGUUCUCUUAUCUGCUACGUCAUAGAUAGAAACUUAGAUUGAAGAUAGGUGAAGGACAUAUCAGGAAGUUGCUGUAGGAAGUAGAAUAGUUUAGAACAGGGUCAGAGACUAUUGUUAAAUGUGUAACACAGGUUCAGUAUGUUUCAGUUCUACUUUUCCAUUGUGAGAUCAGGGAGUUAAACAACAUAGCACUGAUCUGAAAGCGCUAAGUUUCAACUGCUCUAUUGCAGUUGAUAUCCCAAGAGCCAUAUGGCAUUAUAAGAAGUAAUAAUGAUUUAAAGAAUUAUAUUUACAGGAAAUAUAUAUUAUUAAAGGAGGUGGAAAUGGGCUCUUGUAACUAAAUCUCAUAUGUAGCGAAUUGCUCUCUGCUAGCAUAGAGAUAAUGUAAAAUCUCCAUACUAGCAACACUCAGCCUAACUUUUAAAGGGAAAUAUGCUAGAUAUGAGUUUGGUCAAAGGCACACUACAGAAUUUUUCAAGCUUACUCUUUUUUUCCUAGACCUUGUUGGAAAAUCUGAAAACUGAAUGGAAGCUACCGUAUUGCUGUUAUCACCCACAAAUAUAGGGCAUGUCUUUAAUUAAAUAGAAUUGAAACUUCAUUUAAAAGCUAGCUGUUCUGACUGGUUUGCAUUUGUGACAGGGUUGCUCCAGCUAAUCAAUGGAGUCAUUGAGGUGCUCUCAGGCCAUUAAUAAUUCAGAAAACGGGUAAAAAAAAAAAAAAAA